ACAAAUAUUUCGAAGUACUUCGAAAUGGAAGACAAGGAAUCUUUGCGGAAAUUGUUCCUGGAUUUAGGCUGUGAAAUCAAGGAUGAUGCUGUCCUCGAUAAAUGUUUUGAAUUCUGUGACAAUUACGAUGUGGACCUGGAUAAGCUUACAGAAUUGUGGCUUACAUUUUGCAUCAAUAACGAUGCGGAUAUCCAGCCUACUAUUGACAAUCUGAUUAAGAUGGAACAUCUGAUAUUAAAGAAGGAUUACAAAUUGAAGGAAUCACAUUACAAUGAAAACGACGAUGUACUCAGCAUGUAUGGCUGUACUGAAAGUGGACCAUCGUCUAAACGCGCACGAAGAAGUCCUGAGAUAGAAGUCGAUGCGGAUACACAGGCUGAUAAAACAAGAGCUACAGAAUACUCGUUUUCAUCAGCUACUUGCACCGAAAAUUCAAGCGUGUCAAGUCAGCGUAACAUAACGGACAAGAAGAUCUUACUUUCCAUUGGUGAAACUGUCUCGUCUUGGAAGAGAACAGGCAAUUACGAUGUUCAAGUUACAAAAUCUGAUGAACCGCAUGUCGCCAGCGACGCGAGGUACAUGUAUGAGGUCCUAUCAAGACAAGGACACAUUCUCACGCAUGUGUGCCAAAAUUUGGGCAGCAGAUUGUUCAAGACAUGGUUGAAGGCGAGCGCUAACACCACCGAAUUGCGUUACGUGAAGAAUGUAUGGAGCGUGAGCCAAACGAACUUUCGGACAUUCGGUCGCAUCAAUACGAAAAAGGACACCACGAAUACAGUGACACUGGAAGGUGGCACAAGGCGGAAGGGGAUCUCAGGGGCUGACACGAUCGAGCUGGACUUCCGCAAUGUGAAACAAUACUCUGUAUUCUCCGGUCAGAUCGUAGCGGUCGAGGCCAUCAAUCCGGUAGGCGACAUGUUGUAUGUGAAGGAGAUAUUCGUAAGAUCGUAUGCGCCACUCGCGUUAACACCGACGCUCGAAUCGAGGCUCAACAUUUUCGUCGCGGCGGGUCCGUUCACCCCGUCUAGCAACAUGCAUUAUCAGGCGUUGUGGGAUUUGAUGGAGAGAGUUGCGUCGGACGAACCACAAGUUCUGAUAUUGAUUGGACCUUUCCUCGAAUACACGCAUCCCGAAAUACAGGAUAAUGUCAUUAAAGACACGCAUCAGGAACUGUUCGAGAAGAUUCUCACGAGAAUAAUGGAGUCGACGCGGAGGAACACGCAAGUCAUACUGAUAGCUUCUAAUCGCGACGUACAUCACGAACCUAUAUUUCCAACUCCUCAUUAUACAGUUUUCAAUCGAAAGUUGUCACAAAAUUAUUCGAACUUAAAGGUGAUGCCAGAUCCUUGUAUAUUGGAUAUUGCUGGUUUGAAAAUCGGGAUCACAUCAGUUGACGUUAUCAAACAUAUCGGGAAAGAAGAAAUAUCCAAUGUAUCAGGUGAUAGACUCAGUCGUUUAGCUGAUCAUGUGCUCACUCAAACGUGCUUCUAUCCCGUGUAUCCUCCAUCCGAGGAUCUGAACGUGGACACGGAGUUAUGGGAGAAGUAUGCCUUUUUCGAUCAACAACCACACUUGUUGAUUUUACCGUCUGAUAUGCGAUGUUACUGCAAAGUGAUCAACGAAUGUAUGAUUGUGAAUCCGGAGCGCAUGCACAAGUACGCUUAUGCCAGGUUGAGUGUGAAACCGACUGUCGGCGGUAAAUGGAGUUCCAAUAAUAUCUCGUGCGAGAUCGCCAAAGUCUGAUAGUUUUAAAGUAUAGUUUUAAUUUAUUUUUAUGAAGUAUAGUC